AUGUCUCCUCACGAACAGUUGAUCAGUUUUCUAUUCGCAUUUCUGCUAAUUGAACGAGCAUUCGCAUUAAGAUGUAAAUGUACAACGAGUAAAGGUAUAUCGAAAUGUGUUUAUGAAUAUUGCGACGUUCAUGCUACGAGUGAAAAGCGUGCUGCUUGUGCAGUUGUACGGGUUGAGCAACAAACACAUUUCGCUUGUGUUCUUAUCAAGCACACCUCGAACGACACCUUUUGCCAUAUGAUCAGAAGUGCAACGGCUUGUUGGUGUCGCGAUGUUGAUUUUUGUAAUGUUGAUCUUGAGGCAAGGUUAGUGGAAACUGUAAAGAGCAUUGAAAAUGACAACGGGGAUGGGAAUGCGCUCAGCUAUGAAAAUUCCAAUGAGAAUGAAUCUGACAACGAUGAGCAACAAACAUCGUUUGUUGAAGCCGAGGAAGUUCCACACGAUAUCUUUGACAUAACAGCCACUCGAUUGGAUGACAUGAAGGAAGUGGAAUUGAAAGCAGCCACUGAACUGGAUUCAUUCAGUCAUUUGAACGUAACUGCUGCUAGAAACUCCAAGCCAACGUUUUCACCCGAGGAUUACUUAUACAAUUACGCUGACGAAAUUGAUCAAGGGUUUGUUUAUAUUUUCUUUGAGUCCUUCUCAAAUCACUUUAUAUUUAAAAUCUUUCUUCCAACAUCUUAA